GAAGUCAGCCGUGAAUCGUCCACGUUGGAGCGCGCAUACUUCAGAGCGGUCGCCAUUUGCGCCACGAAUACUGGCUGAUGAUCUUGUGUGUGAAAUUGUGAUAUUGGAGGUUAUAGUGCUUAUUUUAAAGUUAUUUGUGCAUCUGUUUCGUAGCAAACUAAUUUUGAGGACUGUAAACUUAUAUAAAACGCUGUAGGCACAAUAAGUGCGUCAAAUGAUUGCCGAGAUCACCAGAAAUGAAGAUAGUUACCGCUUCAACAGACGGACUGAUUAACUCUAAUUGUUUACAAGGAACAUAUACCCAUACACUAUAAGUUGAUCCCCAUUAGUCUUUAACUUAACGCUUUAAGUUUUUGUUUUUUUAAUUAGUAAACUAAGUUAAGUGUUACAUAGUACCUAUAUAUAUAAAUAUGAAAAUACCGGAGACUUCGGCUAACGUUGGGGCUUAUUAUGGCAACGAGGAGAAUGGUCACUGGCAGCCAAACGGCGUGAUCAUAGACAGCGGAGUGGGCGGCGGCGUGGUCGGCAGCGGGGACGCCGGCAUCCAUCGCCCCCCCGUCUACCCCGUACACAUACCAAGAGCACAUAUGCCUGGCUACGUGAUGGCGGGCGCAUACUACCCCCCCGCCGCGUACCCGCCCGUGCCGGCCCAGCCGCAGCCGGACGACUUCGCAGACUACAUGUGGAUGGAAAACGAAGAGGAGUUCGAUAAACAGGUGAUGCAGCAGCUCGAGGAGGAGGCGCUGAUGGAACAGUGCAUAGAGGCCAUGUUGGAGGACGAACAGAGGGAGAGGCACAACCGACCCACCGCCAACGGACACAACCACCCGCACUACCCUACCACGAGUAACGGCGCGCCGUCCCUGUCGCUGGAGGAGACGGUGUCGCGGUCGACGCUGAACCCCCUCGCCGCCGAGUUCGUGCCCACGAGACCGCUGCCCACCGCCACAGGCUCGAUAUUUCGUGCAUGUGAAAUUGUAUGUUUAAGAAAAACAAGCCCCCACACAAGAAGCGUCCCCCGGCGCCCCCGUACAGUCGGAGCCCCCCACUGCCACAGAGGCGUCCCCCGCGCCACCCCCACCGACACUACAGACGAUGUAACACAUGAUAACACAGAAGAAUCACAACAGCCACAGAAGGAAACGCCAGAAGUCAGCGCAACAGAAUCCAUAGACAAGACGCAAGAAAAGCGACCCAAAGACAAGAAGGAUUCUAAAUCCAAAGUAGAUUUAAAGAAGACGGUCAAACCGGAAGUCAAGAGUAAGGUGCAAAGUAAACCACAGGCGGCCAAGUCGGAGACGAAGGUCGCGCCCAAGAAGAAGGAGGUGAAGAGCGUCAAGAGCGAGAUCAAAGUGGACGAGAAGAGUGAAGACAGCAGUGAUGUUAAGCAACCCCAACCAGCACCCUUAGAAGAAGCGCAAGCGACAUCUGGCUUCAAACCAAUAAACUACGCGGCCGCCGCGAAAGCGAACAAACCCAAGAAACCACCGACAACCGCAACCGCAACCGCAGCAACCACGCCCGCAGAGAAACCACUACCCAAGGUAGAGAAACCAAAAGCAACCGAGAAAGUCGAGAAAAAGGAGAAACCCAAAACGGAAAAAGUUAAUGUUCAAAGAAAAAAUUCGACUAAGUAAAAAUUACAUAAAAAAAGGUGAGUUUUUUUUUAUACUGAAAAAAAAAACAACCUUUUUCGGUUAAAAAAUUUAUUGCCUGUGUACAAAUUUCUAUCUGGCAACACUGUUUGAGGCAAUGGUAUUUUGCAUACAGCCUUGUACAGCCUAUUGUAUAGUUUGAAGUUUGAAAAAUAGUUGUGAUAUUUCCAUUUUUUGAAGUAAAUUUGCAUUUUUUUUUCUUUUUUUUUUGGAAAUGAUAUAAAAUGGUUAUAUAAAAAAAAAUUUAAAUAUUAACACAAAAAAAAAAUUAAUUAAAAUUUAAAUGGUAUAGUGUAAAAAAUAAUGUAUGGUAACCACAUUAUGUGAAUAAUUAGUUUUUAAAAAACAUAUUUAGUAGACAUUUUAGAUUUUAAAGAAUUUUUCUUUAAUAUUUGAGACUCUGCAUAGCAGUCAUAAAUGAAAGGCAACUUGAAAUGAUCUGAAAUGAAAUAUUCUUCCAUAAACUGCCGUACUCAGAGACAUUUAAUGAUUACUUAAACUAUUCCUUAGUAACGACUUUGUAUCGAAAACAGUUGCUAAGGACUGGGUUAAGUAACCAUUAAAUGACUCUGAGUACGGCGGUAAGCCCCUGUUUCACUACUCACUUAUUUGACAGAUAGUGCAUACAAAUUAUCUUCUCAAUUCUAAUCUAUCUGAUACAUAGCGGCUAUCCAGAUAUUGGGAAACAGGGCCUUACUAAAACAAAUAUCUUCAAAUAGGAUUAAAAUUACAUUACUUUCAACACAACACAAAAUAAAAUUAGAUUACUUUGACUUUGAAAGCAUCUGUCAGUCAUACGUCAAAAUAAUUUUUAACCUGUGGCAGAUUGCACUUUGACAGCAUCUGUCAAAUCAUACGUGAAAAUAAUUUUUAACCUGUGGCAGAUUGCACUUUGACAGCAUCUGUCAAAUCAUACGUGAAAAUAAUUUUUAAUUUGUGGCUCAAUCCGUUUGACGGAUUAAACUCCUGUUUCCCCGAAUUGCACCGAACAUUUUCCAAAUUUGUUACUUUGAACAAAACGUCGUAGUUGGCCAAAUACGUCUCACAAACUCAAAGUCAAAGCAUUUAUUUCAAUUAAUCCUAAAUGGGCACUUUUGAAACGUCAAAUUGAAUUGUCCGUCAGUCAGUCUGUCUGUCAGUGAAGCUAGACGCUCGUUCCAAAGUGUUGCUUCGAAUGGAGAAGAACAAGCAAGAAACUCCAUCGUUACUCUUUUAAAAAAAUGUUCUUUACAUUAUCUCUGAUACACACACUAGAGAUGUGAAUGCCAUUAAAAAAUAAAAAUCCGUUUGACGUGUCUUAUGACUCUGUUACACGUCACAAAGAAUCUAUAUAGGGUCUCAAAUGUAAAAAAAAAACAAAUUAUGAAGCCUAUAACAAAGGCUGUCCAAUUUAGUUUUUAGUUAAAAUUCGUCUUGUAUAUUGAAAAUAAUUGAAAAAAAAAAACAUGUAUAUGAAAAAAAAAAUUAAAAACUGAUUGCUGAAAACCUGAAAAACGUUAUAAUGUAUCGGCUUAGGCCCCUGUUACGUAUAGGUGUAAAAAAAAUAUUAAGAAAACUAUCUUCAAAUUCGAAUUAUCUUCGAAAUCCAACCAGUAGUUUCGGAGAUUAGCGCAUUCUAAUAGACAAACAAACAAACUCUUUGCUAGUAUAGACUAGCUUUUGCCCACGGCUGCUCACGCGUUGAAAUCGAAAUGUUAUACAUAUAAACCUUCCCCUUAAAUCACUCUUAUCUAUAGAAGAAAAUCGCAUCAAAAUCCGUUGCGUAGUUUUAAAGAUUUAAGCAUACAUAGUAACAGACAGCGGAAAGCGUCCUUAUGAUUUAUAAAUGAUGUUUAUUUAUGCAAAUAGGUUACAAUGUAACUCUUUUACAUGUCAAUCUCUUAAAUAAUAACUAGAUGAGGCCGGUUUUUUUUUAUAUUAUGUAGUAUAAUGAUUCAGUUUUUCAGUAAUCAGUAUAAUUAAAAAUAUUUCGUUCUUAUACGGUACCUGUAGAAAUUAAAAUUUAGGAUUAAAAAAUUUCCCUAGAAAUUAUUAUAUAGUUCACAAAUAAUUCAUUUUUCAGUAAUUUUGGCGUUAUAUUCGAUUUAUUUUCGUAUCUUUGUCGGUUAAAGUGAUAAGGUGUCGACAUGAGCUAAUGGUAACAUGUAAACAGUGACUCGUGUAGUGUAGAGAUUGUCCAGUCAACUGAUGGUAGCGUGGACUGUCCAGGCGAUACGUACUUAGGUAUCGUCAUGAGCUAAUGGUAACAUGUAAACAGUGACUCGUGUAGUGUAGAGAUUGUCCAGUCAACUGACAGUAGCGUGGACUGUCCUUACAAUUUUUUAUAACUUUUCGCUCAAAAAACAUAAAAGUUUAAAACAAAUCGAUAAUUUUCAAGACUACAGUUCAUCACAGCUCUUGUUCUGCUCAUCCCCUCGUAUUUUAUAUAUAUAGCGUGAAUAUAUUUAAAACCGGAGCUAAUUAAAACAUUUAGUAGUUGGUAGUUACAUAGAGGAUAAAAUUCAAUAGUUUAGCAUGUGUUGUGUCUUACACGAAAGCUAAAAUUCUUCUGACAAUAAAAUGUAAUGACAAAUAAUGUAAAAUUUUCUCAUCAUUGACAACCUAGUCAAAUUCAAAACGUUCAAUUCUUCUCCCGUGUCACAACGCAGCCUGCCAGUGUGUGUCAACAUCUAGCCUGCCAGGUGCAUGUGAUGAAACCUCAUUGCUACAGUCUCCCCUCUAACCUGAGCGAACGUCCCCGCGAUCAGGUUAGUUCUUGCGUGGUCUACCCCUCCUACGUUUCUUUCAGCCGACGUGAGGAGGCGACUGGCGUACUCUAUAGGUCGCUCGUCGGUCCCCUCCCCCUGGAGUAAUGCCGCUCCUAAAGCUUAACUGCUACUGUCAGUUCUGAGUACGAAAGGUUUCGGCUACGCUAUGGCCGUAAGACUUACAAAACUUGCAACGAACGUGCUUAUCGCGUUUCGAAUUUUCAUUCGAGUUACUAGUGACUUUCGAGUCCGUAGUAACGUCGGAACUAGUGGUAGUGGUAGACUCGAUCUUAUUGUUAUGGUGAUCGCGUAAAACUUGCGAGCAGGAAACGUUAGAUUUUGCCGUAUUGCCGCAAAAAUUUUCGGUAUUUAAUGAUAGUUCGGAGAUCGCGUCUUCGAUGACCCUUACCUUCUCUACAAAAUUAUGUAUGUCACCAAUAUCACUACGCUGUAACCGCUUACGUACUCGACGGUGUAACAAACCAUAAAUUAUAUCUAUUUGCAUAGGCAAAGGUACUUCGUAUGGUAAUUUUACAAUUAGAGACCUAAAUCUACACACAAACACUUCUGCACGUUUGUCUUUUUGUUCCUAGCUGAACAUUUCACGUGAUAUCUUGUAUGCCGGCUUCGGCGUCUGACAGUGAUGAGAAGUCGAAUUCUUGGCUGUCACUAAACGGGUCUGUGUACGGGUAGUGCACGAGGACACAGUUGAAGUCCAUCGAGGCUCCGCACCCGCCCAACAACUUCCGAAUCUUAGUCUCGGAGUCAACAUGGAGCGAAGUCGGAGCACGGCGUCCUUCCAGGUGGCGACGUUGUUGCGGGCGCCGCGCCACCACACGGUGGCAUCGCCCUCUAACAGCAUCGGGAGUCCCCGCAGCGCGUGAUCGUCACUCACGUCCGCACAGCACACUCCUUGUAUACCUGGACCGCGUCGAUGAAGGCUUCUAGUACCUCCGGUUUUUGAGAAGUACCGGUGAACCUCGUGGUACACUUUGCGAAGUUCCAGGACGAACUCAUCUUGAGAAGUCCGGUGAACCCCGCGGUACACUUGGUGAAGUUCCAGGACGAACUCUUCUUGAGAAGUCCGGUGAACCCCGCGGUACACUUGGCGAAGUUCCAGGACGAACUCUUCUUGAGGAGUUACCGGUGAACCUCGCGGUACACUUGGCGAAGUUCCAGGACGAACUCUUCUUGAGAAGUCCGGUGAACCCCGCGGUACACUUGGCGAAGUUCCAGGACGAACUCUUCUUGAGAAGUCCGGUGAACCCCGCGGUACACUUGGCGAAGUUCCAGGACGAACUCUUCUUGAGAAGUCCGGUGAACCCCGCGGUACACUUGGCGAAGUUCCAGGACGAACUCUUCUUGAGGAGUUACCGGUGAACCUCGCGGUACACUUGGCGAAGUUCCAGGACGAACUCUUCUUGAGAAGUCCGGUGAACCCCGCGGUACACUUGGCGAAGUUCCAGGACGAACUCUUCUUGAGAAGUCCGGUGAACCCCGCGGUACACUUGGCGAAGUUCCAGGACGAACUCGUAGUGAUGUUCAGCGACGGUGACGAUGGUGACUGCCAUGAGGCGCCGGCGUUUCGACCGCGUUUCGUCGGCGCAACGACCGCAGCGUCUCUAUUGGGCACCUAGUCGUAUCCGCCUGCAUUAUGCCGGCACGGUCAGACGAGGCGCUGUGACAAGUUCGGGGGCCCGUACAGGACUCUGCUCCGUAGCUUCGUCGUCUGCCGUCGUCUGCCUCCGUAGCCUAGUUCGGGGCAUGGUCGGCCCCACGUUGGGCGCCAAUUUAGCAUGUGUUGUGUCUUACACGAAAGCUAAAAUUCUUCUGACAAUAAAAUGUAAUGACAAAUAAUGUAAAAUUUUCUCAUCAUUGACAACCUAGUCAAAUUCAAAACGUUCAAUUCUUCUCCCGUGUCACAACGCAGCCUGCCAGUGUGUGUCAACAUCUAGCCUGCCAGGUGCAUGUGAUGAAACCUCAUUGCUACAAUAGUUAUAUUAUACAUAAUUAUGUGAAAUGAGCGAAAAUCAAACGAAAUUCAACUCUAUUGCCCGAAUACUCAAACGCUACUCAAUUUUAAGACGCUCUCAAAUGUAGUUCUGUCACUAUCAAUUCUUUAUAAAAUGACAGAGAUAGCACGAUAUUUAAGUACAACUUAAAAUUGAGUAGCAUUUGAGUAUUCGAGCGUAUGUCCGUUUACCAACCAUCUUCUAACUAAGAGCCUCUUAGCGUGAGAAAGCUCAACUCUAGGUUGAUAAAAACCAAAUAGUUGUUAAGUGUCACCUAUAGUAUCUUAGGGGUUACUUAAAAUUGUAAAAGAGUUGGUGUAUACGGUCAUGGUUGCAUUGAAUGGUUACUUAACCCAGUCCUUAGCAAUUGUUGUCGGAACAAAAUCGUUACUAAGGAAUAGUUUAAGUAAUCAUUAAAUGUCUCUGAGUACGGCAGAAAGUUGAAUUCUGACGCUAUGAUGCAAGUGUUUCGCUCGUUUCAUUAUCAUUAUGACUCUGUUAUAUAUAUUUUUAUUUGCAAUUGUGUGUGUAUAUAUUUUAGUAAAUAAAUAUCUUUUCAUGUAAGUGACUUUUGAAACUCUUAGAAUCUAUGAAAAGAGUAAAAAGAGAGAGUGAGACAUAUAUAAAAUCGCGGUUUACUCACCCUUUGACCGCCACGCUAAUAAAGAAAUAAAAAAUGCUCCCUACGCCACGCUACAAAUUCUAUCUUAAAUACAAACAACUAGAAAUCUGUUAUGUAUUGUAAAAUAUGUAGUUAUAUUUUUGUCGCCAUUUGCCGACGAAAGCGUCGUGAGCACGUUCUGAUUUGUCGAGUACAGCCGACCGUAGCGGUCAAAGGGUUAAUAGAGAAAAGCUCUACUAGUUUCGAGUCACAGACGCGUGAUAAAGAGUCCUGUUAUCUCUCUUUAUAUGUAAAAAAACAAUUGCUGUUCGUUAGUCUCGCUAAAACUCGAGAACGGAUGGACCGAUUUGGCAAAUUUUUGGCCUUGAAAUUGCUUGUAGGUUUUAAAAGGUGAGAAAGAUAUGUUUGAGGCGGUACGAAUAAGCUAGUUCCUUAUGAAUGUCACAAAUUUCUUUGUUCCUGUGUUUCCUGAUGGGUAUAACCUGGGUAUCUUCAAAGCCCGAGUGAAUAGGUUGCUUAUGGGCAGACGUGCUCCAUCGUAGGCCGCAUUAUCACUUACCAUCAGGCGAGAUAGCGGCCAAACGUCGACCCAUCAAUUGUAAAAAAAAAAUUCAAGUUAUCUCUCCCCACUAUUAAUUGUUGUUUCACUGCCAACCCCCCCUUUAUGAUAAUGUAGUUUCACGCUUCAAGUAAUCCGUAAGUGCCUAAUGUUUUCGAAAAUAAUAAGCUCCAUUAUUAAUAAUUAUUAUUGUUUAAAAAUAAUAGCAUAAUCGUAUCGUUAAGUACUAUUCGUUUUAUUAUUAAUAAUGUUCUUUAAAUGUCUUAAUCGCUUACGGGAAUCCCGCAGGCGAUUAAAGGAAUCCCGCAAGCGAUUAAUAGAAUCCCGCAGGCGAUUAUAUGGAUUCUGUUUUUUUGUUUUUAACUUGAAAGUUUUUAUUUAUUUUCCAUUAUUAAAUUGUAAUUCCCAUGUGUUUUUUUUGGUAUUAUUUUUAGUAAUAAAUAAUUAAAUAAAUGAUUUUGUGAACGGUGGGAUACAUGAUUGUUUUAAUUAAUGGUUGUUGGGAUAAUUGUGUAUCCCACGUACGGUUGAUGGUGACAUUAUUAAUAAUAAUAAAUAAUAGUUGAGAAUUGUAAAUUGAUUGUAAAUUUUGACAUAAUUAUAGUGUAAUCUUGUUAUAGUUGGAUGCUAGAGUUAUUGACGUUAUCAGAAUAAUUAUAAAAUACAAAUAAAAAUGUUUAGUGAAAUAAAAUAUAAAAGGUAAUGUGAAAAUCUA